AUGGAGAAACUAAGGCAAGAACUUGAAGUGGCGAAGGUUUCUCGCCAGUAUCCAAAAUGGAAUGAGGUCCGCGAUCUUCCCUACCUCGACGCCUGUGUUCAAGAAGGAGCACGUAUAAACCCUCCGUUUGCACUACCCCUUGAGCGCACUGUUCCCACCGGGGGCGUCACCGUGCUGGGCAGCUAUCUCCCCGAAGGUACUCUAGUUGGUGGUAACCCCUACGUGGUGAACCGACACGAGCCAACAUUUGGUCCUCGGCCCGAAGAGUGGAACCCAGAGAGGUGGCUUUGUGGCGGCGAAAGUCAUAAAAAGAAGCUUGAGCAGAGCAUGCUGACUUUUGGUUCUGGGAGACGCGUGUGUCUUGGAAAGCACAUUGGUAUUUUCGAAGUGAAAAAGCUUAUCCCUUUCUUAAUCCUUAACUACGAUAUCAAUAUCCUCGACCCGAAGGCGCUUACAGUGGAAAAUGGGUUCUUGAUGAAACAGCGAGGUUUUUUCUGCACUAUCAAGCAGCGACCAGAAAUCAGCAGAAAAGAAGAGUAA